AUGCUAUCAGAAAACCAAACUUCUAUACGUGAAUUCAUCCUUGUUGGUUUCUAUAACCCUCCAGGAGUCCAGAUUUUUCUCCUCAUACUCUUCCUGCUGGUCUACAUACUGACCAUUGCUGGAAACAUUAUGAUCAUCACUAUUGUCCAGCUCCAGCAGCAGCUCCACACUCCCAUGUACUUAUUCCUCAACCACUUGGCCUUGAUUGAGAUUGGACAUAUGACUAACACUACCCCCAAAAUGCUGGUGGACUUCAUAAAAGAGAAAAAGGUUAUCAGCUUUGUGGGUUGCUUCACACAGCUUUACUUCAACCUCUUCUUGGGACUGACAGAGAACUUCCUACUGGUGCUCAUGGCUUACGACCGCUACUUAGCCAUUUGUAACCCUCUGAACUACACCAUUCUAAUGAAUUCGAGAACUUGCAGAAAUUUGUCUCUUGGGUGUUGGGUUGGAGGGUUGCUUGCACCCUUAUCUCCAACGAUUAUGCUCUGCAAGCUGCCAUUUUGUGGACCCAAUAUAAUCAACCAUUUCUUCUGUGAUCUAGCUCCAGUGCUGACUCUUCCAUGUGGGAACAAGUCAUUCACUGAAUUGUCCUUCUUUUUAUUCACUUGUUCAAUGGUGCUGGGUUGCUUCUCCUUGAUAGUGGUGUCUUAUGUUAACAUCAUUGUUACCAUAUUGAGGAUGCCAUCUGAUGGAGGAAGGCAAAAAGCAUUUUCAACUUGUACUGCCCAUCUUAUUGUUGUAUCCAUAUACUAUGGCUCAGUCAUGUAUAUGUAUGUUAGGCCUUCAGUGAGGGAUAUCCGUGAUUCAGACAAAGUAGUAUCUGUCCUUUAUUGUGUAGUGACACCAUUUCUGAACCCUUUCAUCUACAGCCUGAGGAACAACAAGGUCCACGAAGCCUUCAAAUUGCUGCUUGCUAAAGCAAAAGCUAUAAUCUAA